AUGCUUCUGAAAUUUUCUUGCCCCUCCUUAUAUCCUGUGCUCCGUCUGGCAAUCGUUGUUUAAUACUAUUUCAUUUGUGCUCAUUUAUUUAAAGAACAACAAAAACAGUAAAGGAAAUAUUUUCCAAAUGUCCAGACACAAACACACACAUAUAUAUAUACGUACACAUAAAUAGAUAACUAUUAUUUCAGAGAGAGAGAGAGAGAGAGAGAGAGAGAGAGAUACAUACAUACAUAUAUUUUAUAUAUACAUUUAUUUGCUGAUCAACAGAUAGUCUUCAUAAAUAUACUGAACCAAUAUAACGGAAUGAGUUCUUUUAAAAACAACUCUAUAAUACAUCCCGAUUUUUGCCGUGUGCAUAAGUGUAACAGUGAAAACAUAUCAUUCUUUGAUCCAUGUGAUUGCAAUGUUUAUCACCACUGCCGUUCCGAUGGCAAAAUCGAAAUGAGAACAUGUAACGUUACAACUGGAUUAGUGAGAGAAGACAACAUGAUAAGCUAUGUCAAAUGUAUCUUAUUUGGGGAAAUAAAACUCAAGGCAUGUGAUGAAAACAGCCCUUGGUCAUUGUGCAAUGUCAAUAGAAAAUUUCGAAAAGAAAAAUGCAGGAAAAUAUGGCCAAUAAACAUGACAGAAUGGAACUUAAAUAAAAUUGACAGAUUUCUGGAUAAAACAGUGAAGCAAAAUGAUGAAAGCACAGGAAAUGGAGUUGGAAUUCUAUCUCCCACUUUAUUAGCGCCUAUUCUUAUUAGUAUUUUGGUUUUGCUGCUUCUUAUGCUCUUUAUCAGUCUGGUGAUAUUGAUAAAAAAACACAUGAAAAAUUGGUCAAAAUCUAGGGGUGUUCCUGCACCUGAAAAUCCUGACAAAAGUAUUGCAUUAGCUGAACGAGUUCAAUAUGAAGAAGUUAAAAUUGAUUUUCCGAGAAAAUGUUCCAUUGAUAUGCUAAGGCGGCCCCUACCUGACUUUCCAUCAGAAAGAGAUUCUACUGAAGUAAGAUAUCAAAGAAUUCUCUCAGUUUUCAAGAGAAAUGACCCAGGGGAGAAAAAUGGCCUUAACACUGGCAAUAAUUUGGCCUCAGAGAAUACAAACAGUAUUUAUAUUCCUGAAGAAGGACAAUAUAAUAUUGUAGAAGCUGAAAAUAAUGCAGAAUAUAAAAUCAACAGUCAAGUUCCAGAUUAAUAUUUAACUUCCAUGAUUACAUUUGCCAAUCAAGGACUUCUAAAGAAAUAGACAUUUCAACAUGAAAAGUCAUGUCUAAUGUGGAAGAAUUUAAAUUACUUGCCUUGAUCUAGUCUAUCUCAUAUUUUAUUACAGAUACAUAUAUUCUUUUAUAUGUUUCAGUCCAAUGACAGUGGCCAUGCUGGUGCACCGCCAUUUAAAAAGAAUUAACGCUGACACAUAUAUAUUUAUGUGUGUGUGUGUAUGUAUGAUAUAUACAUACAAAUAUCAUGCACACUUAUAUAUAUAUAUAUAUAUAUAUAUAUAACAUAUACACAUAUAUGAAUGUGUGCAAUGCAAUAUACAUGCAUACAUACAUACCCCCCCCACACACACACAUAUUUGUAUGGGGUGAGAGAAUGAUUGCUGUGCUUCAGGUAAGCUUUUAGUUAAUCGAGGAAUUUAGGUUGAAUUCUUGAUCGUGACUAAUUAGCUUAUUUCAUUAAUACUCAAAAGAAAAAUAUGAAAACCACAACUUCCUACUGUCAACAAAGCUGAUUAUUCACUGAUGCCUGACACUGUAAAUCACUCAAUUUGUCACAUCAAUUCAUAAGAUAACAUUAUCCUGUUAUAAAUACUAUCAUUUUCAUAAACCUUGUUUUAACAUCAAUUUUUCCAUGCUGGCAUAGGUUCAGCAUGUCUACAGUACAGUUUGUUGCCAAUCCUCUCAUACUAGUAUAAUAACAGAUCUUGUGAUUGGAUGUUGCCCUUCUUUUCAUGUCUUUAUGAAUGCAUAUGUCUUCUGCCUUUUUUUCCUUCGAUUGUCAGCACAUGACACUAUUUCACCUAGCACUCAUCCUCAUCAUCCUUUCACAUCACUUGUACAUAGGAGCACAUUGAUCCUUUGACUGUGAAAUUAAAUUUCAUAGUUACUCCAGUAAAUGAUAUAAAUAUCUAUAAAAAUAAAUAGAUUUGGUAUUUUCUGCAUAUUACAUGGCCUCAAUUAACUUGACAUAUCUCAGAAAAUAGCUUCAAACAAAACAUUUCUUAAGAAAAGAUAGAUUGUUAUAUAAAACUGCUUUUUAUGGUAAAGUGUAAUAAAAUUUUGAGUGGUUACAUCUGAUUUCCACAGCGAAAGAGUUAAUCUUGUCUGAAUAUAUAAAGAAAUAUCUUUAAUCCUCAGAUUACUGAUGCUCUGGCUUACAUUUAUAUUGAUGUUACACAUUCUACUAGUGAAAAUAAAUACAUUUCUUUCCAGCCUUCACAGAUUUUCUGCAUUCAAACCCUAUGCAUCACUAUUAUACAGGACCACGUAUUUUUUUCCCUCAUUUAUAUUAUCCACUUUUCAUAUAAAAAGAAAAAAACAACUUCCUUGUUGUCAACUGUUGAUAACAAUGAUGUUACUUUUCUAUGUAUAAAAUGUGAGUUCCUGCAUGGUAGUGAGGCACACAUACACACACACACACACACACACACAUUAAAUACACAUGCACACACACAUCUAUGUAGUUAGCUAUCUAACUGUCUGUCUAUUUAUCUAUCUAUCUAUCUAUAUUUUUAUUUAUUUAUGUGUUUCAGCCAAGUGGCUGCAGUCAUGCUGGUGCACCACCAUAUAUAUAUAUAUAUAUUCUUUUUUUACUUGUUAGUCAUUUGACUUUGGCCAUGCUAGAGCACUGCCUUAAAGGGUGUUAGUUGAAGAAAUUGACGCCAGGACUUAUUCUCUGUAAGCCCAGUACUUAUUCUAUCAGUCUCUUUAGCUGAAUCGCUAAGUUACAGGGACAUAAACACACCAGCAUUGGUUGUCAAGCGAUGAUGGGGGGACAAACACAGACACAUGCACACACACACACACACAAAUAUAUACACAUAUAUAUAUAUAUAUAUAUGAUGGGCUUGUUCCAGUUUCUGUCUACCAAAUCCGCUCACAAGGCUUUGAUCAGCCUGAGGCUAUAGAAGAAGACACUUGCCCAAGGUGCCAUGCAGUCAGACUGAAUCCAGAACCAUGUGGUUGGGAAACAAGCUUCUUACCACAAAAGUACUGAUAGAGAAAACUACAUCUUUAAUUGUCGAAUUCUCCUUACAAAGCCGACAAUUAUCAACAUAUUUAGAAAUAGAAGAUAUUGAAAUUAACAUAUUUGAAAAUACAUUUCCAAGGCAACACAAAAUUAGUUCGAUUCAAAAUGAACUAAGGAAAUAUUUCCUUUUUUACUUCUUAUAUAUAUAUAUAUAUAUAUAUAUAUAUAUAUACAGAUCUGUUUUUCUCUAUGUAUCUCUCUCUCCAUCUAUUGAUUUUUCUAUCCACCUAUCUGUCUUAGUUAUCUAUCUACACAGUCCUUGAAUGUGCAAAUUUUUAAUAACAUAACAAAUCAGUAGUCAUCAGAGUGUUGGAUAGACUGCCACACAGUAUAUUUUCCACCUCCCUCUGAGUUUAAAUGCUAUCAAGAUAAACUUUGUCUUUUCCUCCUGUAUAUGUGCGCAUGUGUGUGCAUAUGAUACCUUCGAGCUAUGACUGUUACUACAAGGGAGAUAACUAUCCUACUGCAACGAGGCAGAAUGAGAAAUUUGAAUUUAAAAUUAAGGAAGAAAAUGCAUAUUUAAUUCUUUUUUUCUUUUUUUUCAUCUAUAAUACAAUUCUUACAGUUUCUAGCUGUAGGCAAUCAUGUAUAGCACUAUUUAAUUUUUUUUUAGCAAUUUUCAGCAUCAUUUCAUUUAACUUGUAACUUAUUAAUUGUACACACACUCACACACAGUUUUUAAAUUUUUUUAAUUUAAAUUUAAAAUUUUAACUUUUAAAUUUUAAUUCUUUAAUUUGUAUACUUUAUCCAUUUAAUUGUAGUUUUAUCCUAUGUAUACCCCUUUAAGCUAGGCAUGUAUUUUUAGCUAUCCCCAACUGACCACUGACCACACUUAACCUAGAUUUCAUCUGUUUAGUUAAUAGACAUAAAUACCUUCUUCCUACACUUUACCAAAACCUUAAUGCCUGACCUCUCACCCCGAACCAACACUUAUGAAGAAUUAUACUGGCAUCUUAUCUUUAUCUUUAUUCUUUUGAUUUUUAUUUCUUUUUUUAUUGAUUUUUGAUUUUACUUUACUUUUGCUUUCAUUCAUUCUUUCCCCACAUCUAUCCUAUUCUUCUUUUCUUUCUUUCUCCUUCUUUUCUCUCUUUUUUCCCCUCUUUCUCCUUCUUUUCUCCCCUCUCUCUUCUAUCCACUCACUCACAAUACACCUCUCUCUAUCUUGAGGUCUGUCUUUCUCACUCUAUAUACUCAAGUGAACCGUUUACAUACUACCUAACCACUUAAUCCAUUACUUCAACAUGAACACAUCAUUCGUGGAAAUACGACCAACCUCCACAGCCUCUGGAAAAGAUGAACUGUGGACUUCAUUCUCCUCUUUGUAUUCUUCUAUCUACUUUUACUCUUUAUUCUUCUAUUUUAUUUCUUAACCUCUGAAUUACCUGGUGUUGCCCAGGUUACAGCUGUUCUUAUUGAGAUUAGUGAACAAUAAAUAUGAAGAUAUAUUUUUUUCUCAUAA